CACCUAUGGAUAAAAUAUGUUGUAAAUACACACUUUUAAAAAGUUAAGAACUACUUUUUAACAGGUGCAUGCGCAGGUGUCUGUAAUUGAAGUACUACUUUUCUCAGUUACUUGAGGACACUACCAGGGUUAGCCUGGUGUGUUAUUUAUUUAACAGAAAGUAUAUAUCUAGUGUUUUACUAUUAGUUAACAGUAGAUUUGUAGUUGAAAACGAAUCAUGGCGGACGUUGAGGAGCAGCAGCCCGACCCGGGGCCCGGGGAAAAGGAGGCUAAUAAGCCCCCGAGCCCUAAACCAGAUACGGAUGAAGUUGCACCACCCUUGGUCUCUACAACUAAAACUGAUAAGAAGAAACCAGCAGCACCAACUAAGAACCAGCCGGCUGCUAAAGGACCAGCGAAGAAAAAUGUUAUACUGACUGGUGAAGCUAUGAAGGAAAUGCAGAAACAAGCUCGGCAAGUUCGGGAGGAACGCAAAUCCCAGGUUGAUGCCAGGCACAAGCAUAUCUUUAAACAGAUUGGUGAUGCUCUUGGUCUAGAUGACAGUCAAGUAGAGGACCAUAUACUCUCUGAUGAAAAGUUUGAUCUGUUUGAGCCAUUCUUUGCUGCUGAUGGAGCUAGAAAACUUAUGUUCUUUUACCAGGAUGUACAGAAGGCAGGUAGUACUGCAGCACCAACAAAGAAAUUGUUCCUGACAACUGGAGAUACGGAGGGUUUGAAUGGAGUUUGUCUGUACUUUCUGCGUACCAUAACAAACAAGGCGAUAGCUGUAAACAACAUUGCCAAUGAGGUAAACUUUGGUUUGAUGGAUUGCUCUAAUGGAAAGAUCCUUGCUGGACUUGAAAGACAUCUGUCCAAUAUUGUGCUUCCCUCACUCAGAUGCCUUGAGCAAUGGGGUGAUAUUGACAAUGGUAAUGGUAACAAUGCCCAGAUAGAAGAUUUCUUGGAGCAGCUCGAGAAAUUCAUCACUAAUCUUACGACAGCUCUGUCAAAUAUGGAGGGGCAGAUAACCCUUGAGGAGAAUGGUAUCGGACCAAUUAUCGACAAUAUUGAAACGCCGGCAGAUUAUCAGUCUAUAGCUGGUAACACGGAGUACCUGGAGAAGCUAGAGGGAUUGUGUGCUCAGUGGUCGAAACAGAUUGAGCAAGUUCUAGCCGAGAGUGAGCAGAUGAGACGUGAAGCAGACGACAUCGGACCAACUGCUGAACUCUCCUACUGGAAGUCACGAAUGGCCAAGUUCAACAAUUUGUUGGAGCAGAUGAAAAGCCAGCGUGUGAAGGCAGUUCUAGGUGUCCUGCAGGUUGCCAAGUCCAAGUCUCUCAGAAGGUGGAAGGAACUGGAUGGGUACAUUACUGACUAUGCUAACGAAGCUAAGGAUAACGUGAAGUAUCUGUACACAUUAGACAAGUUCUUCGGACCUCUUGUCAAGUGUACACCAGCCACCAUGAUUGAGCAUAUACCCAGCUUGAUGAAUGCCAUCAGGAUGAUCUACAGUAUUUCCCAGUAUUACAACACAUCAGAGCGUAUGACCUCUCUCUUUGUCAAGGUCACCAAUCAGAUGAUCACAACAUGUAAACAUUACAUCAUGCAUGAUGUCUCCAAAAUCUGGGAUCAUAAAAGGGAAGUUGUUCUGAAGAGGUUGAAUGAGUGCACUCAACUGAAUGAAGAGUACCAGAAACAGUUCCAGAGAACAAAGGAACGUCUGAAGGAGAAUCCAAAUGAGAAGCAGUUUGAAUUCAGUGAGAACUACAUUUUUGGCAAGUUUGACACAUUCUGCAAGCGUCUAGAACGUAUUGCUGACGUUAUCAACACCAUGGAGAUGUUCUCCGGACUCGGUGAUGUGAAGAUUGAGGGAAUUGACAUCAUUACCGUCAAGUUCAAGACCAUCUGUGACGCGGCCAAGAAAAAGAAUUAUGACAUCUUGGAUCACAGGAAAGCUGAGUUUGACAAUGAUUAUCUGGAGUUCCGUAACCAGAUUGAGAACCUGCGUGGGAUGCUUCAGAACUUCAUGGAUACCUGGUUCCAGAAACCACUCACUACUGAGAAAGCCAUUGAGCUCCUUGGAAAGUUUGAGGCAAUCACUGGCUCCAACUUGGACAUCAAUGAGAAAUACAUGAAAGUGUUGACUGCAUACGGAAAAGAUCUAGAAAACAUUCGAAAGCUGUACCAGAAAUUCAAGCAAGAACCCAUGAUUCCCAGAAACUUGCCACCAGUGGCAGGUCGUAUUGCCUGGGCUCGUCAGCUGUACAGGAAAAUAGAGAUGCCAAUGAGGGCAUUCAAGUCAAAACCAGAAAUCCUGAAGAAUUCAGAGGCCAAGAAGAUUGUGAGAAAUUACAACAAGAUGGCUGGAGUACUCAUGGAAUACGAGAUGUUGUACCAUCGUGGAUGGAUUCGGGCCAUUGAAGCAGCCAAAUCGGGAUUGAAUGCCUCUCUGUUAGUGAGGCACCCAGAGACUGGUGAGCUGUAUGUGAACUUUGACAUACAGGUAGUUGAAUUGAUCCAGGAAGCCAAGUGUUUGCAAGCCCUCAACCUAGAGGUCCCAGAGACAGUGAAAGCUUUACAGACUAAAGAAGAGGAAAUCAAGACUGCAAAUGUUGACCUUACUGAGAUGUUACAAGAGUACAGGAACAUCCUGUCCCACAUUUCACCAAUUUUGAUGCCACUGAUGAAACCAUACAAGGACAAGGUAGAGGAAGAACUUCAGCCAGGAGUUGUGGCCCUUACCUGGACAUCUCUCAAUGUGCAGGAAUAUAUUGAAAAGAACUACAAGGUUAUGGGAGAACUUGACAAACUAGCUAAGACUGUGAAUGACAUAUUGGAGUGUCGUAUUGAGGCAGUCCUCGAGGACAUGUCAGCAACAGCCCUCUGUGAACUACCAGAGGAUGAGGCAGUAACCAUGGAGAAAUUCUUGGAAAUCACAUCAGAUGUUGUUGCCAAUGCUUCCAAAUAUCUGGCAAACCAGAGCCAUCUGGUGGAGACUGCUGUUUAUGACCUUGUAAAGCAGUUACAAUCAGGCCUACCAGAGGAAGACAAGAAGAAUCUGACAGCAGAAGAAGGGUACCAGUGUUAUACGCCAGACACCAAAAAUAAGAAGAGCAGAUGCCAGGAAUGUAUCGCAUGUAGCUUUUAUUCUCUGUUAAACUACUUCACACAGAGAAACACAGAGGCCCUUGUCAAAGGUACCCGUCUUUCUCUUGAUGCUAUCAAGCGUCGUCUGCAGACGUCAAACAAGUACACUAAGGAUGAAAUGAAAGAGGACCAGAAAGUUCCCCUCUUCAGUGCUGACAUUGUGCUACAAAUUCCUAAUGUAGUUAUGAAACCAAGCCUUGAUGAUUUACAGUCUUCCCUGAACAAGGCUGUUCAAGUUAUCUUGAAAGCAUCCCAGGAUAUUCCACAAUGGGAGCACUUGAUUAUUCACCAGAGACAGCAACAGAAGGAGAUGGAAGUUGCUGCCAAUGAUCAAGCAGAAGAAGGUACGAUCAUGAAACCUGCGUCGGUGAUCAAACCCCUCCACAAGAUCAUCAGUGAGCAUAAAGAUGUUGUGAAGAUAGUCAUUCAGCUGAACUCCAUUAUCAGCACAUUUAAAGCAGACGUACAGGAAGUUGUGGAUAAUUUCUCCCAGUAUUCUCAUCUAUGGGCUAAGAACCCAGAGGAAGCAGUGAAGGAGUUUAUAGAACAGAAACCAAUUCUGUCUGAGAUUGAACAGCAGAUCAAAUACUACCAGCGUCUUGAAGGAGAACUUGAGGAGAUAGUGCCCUCAUACCGUGUAGGCUCUGUGACCUUCAUGACAGAUCCCCUUAAACUUGCCCUUGUUACUGAAACCAGAAACUGGAAACUUGCAUUCUCCAAGGCUCUUAAUGAGAAAUGUGCCCAGGACAUGGACGAAAUGCUUGAGUUCAUGGAAAACCAGAUGAAGAAGUUGUCCCGACCUGUCAAAGAUUUGGACGAUGUGAGAUCGCACAUGGCCUCGCUAGCGGAGAUUAGACAGUCAUCUAUUCGUAUUGAUAUGACAAUCCAGCCAAUAGAAGAGGCAUACGCCAUGUUGAAUAGAUACAACAUCUUCUUUAAUGAUGGUAAUGCAGAGAGAGUUGACUCACUGUCAUACAGCUGGAAGAAACUUUCAACCCAGUCACAAGAAGUACAAGACCAUUUGUUGGAGAUACAGCCUCAAUUUAAAUCAAACUUGUUAGCUGGUGUAGAACAGUUUAUUCAGGACCAAACCGAAUUUGUUGGAGACUAUGACACCAAGGGACCCAUGGUUGAUGGUAUUGAGCCUCGUGAAGCUUCAGAUCGUCUCAAUAUAUACCAGUCGAGAUUUGACGAGCUUUGGCGCAAGUUUAUCACGUACUCAGGUGGCGAGGAGUUGUUUGGUCUCCCUGUUACACCAUACCCAGAGCUUCAGAGAAUCAAAAAAGAGUUGAACUUGUUACAGAAACUGUAUCAAUUGUACAAUAUUGUACUGGAGAAUGUGAAUGGUUACCAAGACAUUCCAUGGUCAGAUAUUGACAUUGAGAAAAUCAAUAAUGAACUUCUUGACUUCCAAAACAAAUGUCGUAAAUUGCCAAAAGCCUUGAAGGAAUGGCAGGCCUAUGAAGAGUUGAAGAAGACAAUUGAUGACUUUAACGAGACUUGUCCACUGCUUGAGAUGAUGGCCAACAAAGCGAUGAUGCCCCGUCACUGGGAGAGACUUGCACAGAUCACUGGACACACGUUUGAUGUUGAGGCCGACAGCUUCCUCCUCCGUAACCUUAUGGAGGCCCCAUUGCUGCCAAACAAGGAGGAUAUUGAAGAUGUAUGUAUCUCAGCUGUUAAGGAGAAGGAUAUUGAAGCCAAAUUGAAACAAGUUGUCAAUGACUGGAGCACACAAGCAUUCCAGUUCUCUAACUUCAAGACAAGAGGAGAACUCUUACUUAAAGGUGACACAACAAAUGAUACAGUGGCACUGAUGGAAGACAGCUUGAUGGUUCUUGGUGGUCUCCUUAGCAACAGAUACAAUGCACCAUUCAAGCCUAAGAUUCAGGAAUGGGUUCACAAACUGACUGGUACCACUGAGAUUAUAGAGAACUGGUUGAUUGUACAGAAUCUCUGGAUCUACCUGGAGGCUGUAUUUGUUGGUGGUGACAUUGCUAAACAAUUGCCACAGGAAGCAAAGAGGUUCAGCAACAUUGACAAAUCCUGGUUGAAGAUCAUGCAGCGUGCCCACGAGCAGCCAAACGUUGUCAACUGUUGUGUAGGUGACGAUACCAUGAUGCAGUUACUGCCCCAUCUCCUUGAACAACUUGAAAUCUGUCAGAAGUCCCUGACUGGAUACCUGGAAAAGAAACGUCUUGUCUUUCCACGAUUCUUCUUUGUGUCUGACCCCGCUCUUCUUGAGAUUCUGGGUCAGGCCAGUGACUCUCACACCAUUCAGAAUCAUUUGUUGAGUGUAUUUGACAAUACUAGACUUGUUACAUUUGAUGAGAAAAUUUAUGAUAAGAUUCUGGAGAUAAACUCACAGGAAGGAGAAACUGUACAGCUAGAAGCACCUGUAAUGGCUCAGGGUAAUGUUGAGAUAUGGCUGGGAGAACUUUUGAACAUGUCCAAAAAAUCUGUACACAGUGUCAUCAGAAUGGCCAGCGUUCAAAUUGGAGAUCCAUCUUUCAACAUGAUUGAGUUUGAAAACGGCUAUCCAGCUCAGAUUGGCUUGUUAGGUAUCCAGAUGAUAUGGACGCGUGAUGCCGAGGAGGCAUUGACGAACGCGCGCGUCGAUAAAAAAGUGAUGGCAAACACAAAUCAGAAAUUCUUGGACAUGUUGAACGAGCUGAUUAACAUGACAACAACAGAUCUGAAGAAAAUCGAGAGAACAAAAUACGAGACUUUGAUCACAAUUCACGUGCAUCAGAAAGAUAUCUUUGACGAUAUGGUGAAAAUGCACAUCAAAUCACCAGGUGACUUUGAAUGGUUGAAACAGUCUCGAUUCUACUUUGUUGAAGACUUGGACAAAUGUCAAAUCUCCAUCACUGAUGUUGACUUUAUAUACCAGAAUGAAUUCUUGGGUUGUACAGAACGUCUUGUCAUCACACCGUUGACUGACAGAUGUUACAUCACACUGGCUCAGGCUCUGGGUAUGAGUCUUGGUGGAGCCCCAGCUGGACCUGCUGGUACAGGUAAAACAGAGACAACCAAGGACAUGGGUCGUUGUCUCGGCAAAUAUGUUGUCGUCUUCAACUGCUCUGAUCAGAUGGACUUUAGAGGACUUGGCCGUAUUUACAAGGGAUUGGCCCAGUCUGGUUCAUGGGGAUGUUUUGAUGAGUUUAACCGUAUUGAGUUGCCCGUAUUGUCUGUGGCUGCCCAGCAGAUUGCUAUCGUACUUCAGUGUAAGAAGGAACGCAAGUCUUCUUUCAUAUUCACUGACGGUGACAAUGUUGACAUGGACACAGAGUUCGGAAUCUUCUUGACCAUGAACCCUGGUUAUGCUGGUAGACAGGAGUUGCCAGAGAACUUGAAGAUCAAUUUCCGUACAGUAGCUAUGAUGGUGCCUGACAGAGCUAUCAUUAUACGUGUGAAGCUCGCUUCCUGCGGUUUCCAACAGAACAUUGCCCUUGCCAAGAAAUUCUUCACCCUGUACAAACUCUGUGAGGAACAGCUCACAAAACAAGUGCACUACGAUUUUGGAUUGCGUAACAUUUUGUCUGUGUUGCGUACUUUGGGAGCAUUCAAACGUGCCAACCCUGAUGAUCCCGAGACUGUGUGUGUGAUGAGAGUUCUUCGAGACAUGAACCUUUCAAAACUUGUUGAUGAAGAUGAGCCCUUGUUUAUGUCCCUUAUUGAUGACUUAUUCCCUGGAAUUGUCCUGGAUAAGGCCGGGUACCCAGAGAUGGAGGCAGCCAUUGAGAAGAAGGUCACUGAGGCAGGUUUGAUCAACCAUGCGCCAUGGAUCCUCAAACUGAUUCAGCUGUUCGAGACCCAGCGUGUACGUCACGGUAUGAUGACACUGGGACCCAGCGGUGCUGGCAAGACAAAAUGUAUCCAUACUCUGAUGAAAGCUAUGACAGAAUGCGGCGAGCCCCAUAAAGAAAUGAGAAUGAACCCAAAAGCUAUCACAGCUCCUCAGAUGUUCGGGCGUCUGGACGUAGCAACAAAUGACUGGACUGAUGGUAUUUUCUCCACACUAUGGAGAAGGACACACAAAACCAAGAAGGGUGACCACGUUUGGCUCUUACUUGAUGGACCAGUAGAUGCUAUCUGGAUUGAAAACUUGAACUCUGUACUUGAUGACAACAAGACCUUGACCUUGGCUAAUGGAGAUCGUAUCCCCAUGGCACCCAACUGUAAGAUCAUCUUUGAGGUGCACAACAUUGACAAUGCCUCCCCUGCCACUGUAUCCAGAAAUGGUAUGGUGUUCAUGAGUAGCUCCAUCCUGGACUGGGAUCCAAUCCUCAAAGGUUGGUUGUUGACUCGACCUCCUGGUCAGCAAGAUGUGAUCUUCACCGUAUUUGACCAACUCUUCUCUACACUCUACCCCAAAAAUUGAAACAAUUCCCCAAAAAAACAGGUGUUGCAAUGUAAUUAUGUGCGUCAAGCUAUUGACCUGCUUGAAGGGUUGAUUCCACGUCGUGACGACAACAAGGAUAUACCUAGAGACCAUUUAGAGAAACUGAUUGUGUUUGCGAUCAUGUGGUCUCUUGGAGCAUUGCUUGAACAAGUGGACAGAAAGAAGGUUGAAGAACUGAUCAGAACAAGCAGUUCAGUAGAGCUUCCUAAAUGUGAGGGUGAAGACUCGAUAUUUGAGUUUGUUGUUGGGGAAACAGGACAGUGGGAGCAUUGGUCUAGCAGAGUACCUACAUACAUUUACCCUGACAAUGAAAUCCCAGAAUACACCAGUAUUCUGGUACCCAAUGUGGAUAAUGUCAGAACAGAUUUCUUGAUUGAUACCAUCUCCAAACAAGGCAAAUGUGUCCUACUUAUUGGUGAACAGGGUACAGCCAAGACUGUGAUGAUCCAGGGAUUCUGUGGCAAGUAUGAUCCUGAACUGCACAUGUUCAAGAGUUUCAACUUCUCCAGUGCCACAACUCCGCUCAUGUUCCAGCGCACCAUUGAGGGUCUUGUAGACAAACGUAUGGGUACAACAUAUGGUCCACCAGCUGGCAAGAAGAUGACAGUGUUUGUUGAUGACAUCAACAUGCCUGUAAUAAACAACUGGGGAGAUCAGAUCACCAAUGAGAUUACACGACAGAUGAUUGAAGCGAAGGGUUUCUACAACUUGGAGAAGCCUGGUGAUUUCAUCAACAUUGUUGAUAUACAAAUGAUGGCUGCUAUGAUCCAUCCCGGUGGAGGACGUAACGACAUUCCGCAGCGUCUCAAACGCCACUUUAAUAUCUUCAACUGUACCUUGCCAUCCAACACUUCCAUUGACAAGGUUUUCAGAACUAUUGGUAAAGGAUACUAUAUCAAGAAACGUGGAUUUGCCGAGGAGGUAUGUGAGAUGAUUGAGAACCUUGUGUUGGCCACACGUAAACUCUGGCAAAAGACAAAGGUGAAGAUGUUGCCAACUCCAGCAAAUUUCCACUAUGUCUUCAACUUGAGAGAUCUUAGCAGAAUCUGGCAGGGAAUGUUGAACUGUACAGAAGACAUCAUAUCAAAUGUUGGGCUUCUGAUGUCUCUAUGGAAACAUGAAUGUUACCGUGUCAUAGCUGACAGAUUUACAACAUAUGCUGACAAAGACUGGUUUGAGAAGACUAUUAAACAGGUGGCAGAAGAAGAGUGUGGUGUAGCAGCGACAAAUGAGAUGGCCCAAGAGCCAUAUUUUGUAGAUUUUAUGAGAGACGCCCCUGAGAUUACAGGAGAUGAGCCAGAUGAUGCUGACCUUGAUGCACCGAAGAUUUACGAGCCAAUUCCUUCACUAGACGAGCUUGCGGAAAAACUGAAUGGCUACAUGGAGCAGUACAAUGAAACAGUUCGUGGCGGGAAAAUGGACCUUGUAUUCUUCAAGGAUGCCAUGACAAACUUGGUAAAGAUUUCUCGUGUUAUUCGUACCCCAAGAGGUCACGCCCUUCUUGUUGGUGUUGGUGGGUCAGGUAAACAGUCGUUAACAAGACUUGCAUCAUUUAUAGCUACAUACAAGACCUUCCAGAUAACAUUAUCAAGAUCAUACAAUGUGAGUAACCUGAUGGAGGAUUUGAAGGGCCUAUAUCGCACAGCAGGUCAACAAGGACAGGGUAUAACUUUCCUCUUUACUGACCAGGAGAUCAAGGACGAAGCUUUCCUUGAAUACAUGAACAAUAUCCUGUCUUCAGGAGAGGUAUCUGGUUUGUUUGCCCGUGAUGAAAUGGAUGAAAUUCUCAAUGAGUUGAUACCUGCAAUGAAGAAAGAGUUCCCAAGACGUGUCCCAACUCUGGAGAACUUGAACGAGUAUUACCUAUCUCGUUGUCGGCAGAACCUACAUCUGUGUCUCUGCUUCUCACCUGUUGGAGAGAAAUUCAGAUCACGUUCAUUGAAGUUCCCUGGUUUGAUUUCUGGUUGCACAAUGAACUGGUUCCAGCGUUGGCCAAAAGAUGCUUUGAUUGCUGUAUCCAAUCACUUCUUGUCAAGCUAUGAUAUUGUAGCCACUCCCGCAGUUAAAAAUGCUGUACAAAAUACCAUGGGUGUUUUCCAGGAUUUGGUAGCAGAACAGUGUAUAGAGUAUUUCCAGAGGUACCGUCGUCAAACAUACGUCACACCAAAGUCUUACCUUUCUUUUAUUGCUGGUUACAAGGACAUUUAUUCACAGAAACGAGGAGAGAUUGGUAUUUUGGCUGAGAGAAUGAAUACAGGUUUGAAGAAGCUUGUAGAGGCCACAGAAUCAGUAAAUGAGCUAUCCAAGGAACUUGCUGUAAAGGAGAAGGAAUUGGCUGUAGCCUCAAAGAAGGCUGAUGCUGUAUUAGCCGAGGUGACAGUGAAGGCAACAGCUGCAGAGAAGGUGAAGGCUCAAGUACAGGUGGUAAAGGACAAGGCUCAGGGCAUUGUAGACGUCAUUUCUGCUGACAAGUCUGUGGCUGAAGCCAAGUUGGAGGCUGCUCGUCCAGCUCUAGAGGAAGCGGAGGCUGCCCUCCAGACCAUCAAACCAGCACAUAUUGCUACUGUGCGUAAGUUGGCUAAACCACCACAUCUGAUUAUGAGAAUUAUGGACUGUGCACUGCUGCUCUUCCAGAAAAGACUAGAUGCUGUACAACAGGAUCCGGAGAGACCUUGUGUCAAGCCGUCUUGGAGUGAAGCUUUGAAGCUCAUGUCUAGUGGUGGUUUCCUACAGGGUCUUAUGAACUUCCCUAAGGACACCAUCAAUGGAGAAACAGUGGAGUUACUUGCCCCUUACCUAACAAUGGAGGAUUACAACAUUGACAGUGCAAGGAAAGUGUGUGGAGACGUAGCCGGUCUAGCAUCCUGGACUCAAGCUAUGAGUUUCUUCUACAGUAUCAACAAAGAAGUGUUGCCCCUGAAGGCAAACUUGGCUGUACAAGAAGCAAAAUUGGCAGUUGCUAUGUCAGAUUUGAAUGACGCUCAAGCUCAACUUGACGAGAAGAAUCGGGAACUUGCUGAGGUCAUGGCCAUGUAUGAUGCUGCAAUGUCAGAAAAACAGGCGUUACUGGAUGAUGCUGAAGCUUGUAGAAGGAAGAUGAACAAUGCCACGGCUCUGAUUGACGGUCUCGGAGGUGAGAGGGUCAGAUGGACAGCUGCCAGUAAAGGGUUUGAGGCCCAGAUUCAACGUCUUGUUGGUGACGUACUUCUGUGUACAGGAUUUUUGUCAUACUGCGGACCCUUUAACCAAGAAUUCAGAACUCUUUUGAAUAAAGCAUGGAAGAAAGAAAUGAUAGCAGCCAAGAUUCCUUUCACAGAUGAUCUGAAUAUAGUGAACACGUUGGUAGACAAUGCAACAGUGAGUGAAUGGAAUCUGGAAGGUUUACCCAAUGAUGAUCUGUCUAUACAGAAUGGUCUAAUUGUUACCAAGGCAGCACGUUAUCCUCUCCUUAUAGAUCCACAAGGUCAAGGCAAGAUCUGGAUUAAAAAUAGAGAGUCCCAGAAUGAAUUACAGCUGACAUCACUGAACCACAAAUACUUCCGAUCACAUCUAGAGGACAGUUUAUCCCUGGGACGUCCUCUGAUCAUUGAAGAUGUAGGGGAAGAGCUUGAUCCAGCCCUGGAUAAUGUCCUUGAGAAAAAUUUCAUCAAGAGCGGCUCCACAUUCAAAGUGAAGGUUGGAGACAAGGAAGUUGACAUUAUGAAAGGUUUUAGGCUGUACAUCACAACUAAGCUUGGUAACCCAACAUACACACCUGAGAUCACUGCUAGAACAUCUAUAGUAGACUUUACUGUAACAAUGAAGGGUCUAGAAGAUCAGUUACUGGGUAUUGUCAUCUUGACAGAGAAAAAUGAACUUGAACAAGAAAGGACAAGCUUGUUAGAGGAAGUAACAGCAAAUAAACGUAAGAUGCAAGAACUUGAGGACAAUCUACUGUACCGUCUUACAUCUACAGAAGGUUCGCUAGUAGAGGAUGAGUCACUGAUUGAAGUACUAAGUAUUACAAAACGUACAGCUGAGGAGGUCAGUGAGAAACUGAAGAUCGCUGCUGAGACUGAGAUCAAAAUCAACACGGCUCGUGAAGAGUUCAGACCAGUGGCUGCAAGAGGAAGUAUUAUGUAUUUCUUGAUCGUUGAAAUGGCAAUGGUAAACGUCAUGUACCAGACUUCACUGCGUCAGUUCCUUGGAAUCUUCGACCUCUCAAUGGCAAAGUCACAGAAAUCCCCAAUCACAGCGAAGAGAAUUGGAAACAUUAUUGAAUAUCUUACAUAUGAGUCGUUUGUAUACACAGCUAGAGGUCUAUACGAGAGAGACAAGUUCACUUUCACCAUCUUGGUCACACUGAAGAUCGAGAUGAACAGCGGCAGAAUUCCAAAUAGUGAAUUCCAGAGCUUCAUUAAAGGUGGUGCCGCCCUUGACUUGAAUGCUGUAGAACCUAAGCCAAAGAAGUGGAUCCUUGAUAUGACUUGGCUUAACUUAGUUGAACUGAGUAAACUUCCACAGUUUACACAAAUUUUAGCUCAAGUAGCUAGAAAUGACAAGGUAUGGAAAGCCUGGUUUGAUGAGGAUGCACCAGAAGAGAGCCCAAUACCUGACGGUUAUUCUACCACACUUGAUACAUGGCGUAAACUCCUUCUUAUCAGAGCUUGGUGCCCAGAUAGAAUCAUACCGAUGGCCAGAAAAUUCAUUGCUGAAGCUAUGGGAAAACGAUACGCUGAAGCUGUCAUUUUGAACAUGGAGACCAUGCACCAAGAAUCAACAAAGAGAACUCCACUUACCUGUUUCCUCAGCAUGGGUUCUGAUCCAACAGAAAACAUCAUGUUACUGGCUAAGAAACUUAACUUCUCGUGCAGCGCAAUCUCUAUGGGUCAAGGUCAAGAUGUACAUGCCCGUCGAUUGCUUUCUGUUUCUAUGGCUGAAGGUAAAUGGGUACUGCUCCAGAACUGCCAUCUUGGUCUAGAUUUCAUGGAUGAACUUUUAGACACUAUCGUAUCGACAGAAAAUGUUCACGAUGACUUCCGUUGUUGGUUGACAUCAGAGGAACAUCCAAAGUUCCCUAUCAAUCUGCUCCAAACUUCCAUCAAGUUCACCAAUGAACCUCCUAUGGGAGUCAAAGCCGGUCUCAAGAGAACCUAUGCUCUUGUUACACAGGAACAAUUGGAGUACAGUAAUUUACCUCAAUGGAAGCCAAUGUUGUAUGGAGUUGCUUUCCUUCACACCACUGUACAAGAGAGAAGGAAGUUUGGACCUAUUGGAUGGAACAUUCCAUAUGAAUUCAACCAGUCUGAUUUCACAGCCACUGUACAGUUUGUACAGAACCAUCUGGAUGACAUAGAUCCAAAGAAGGGUGUAUCAUGGACCACUGUGCGUUACAUGAUUGGAGAGGUACAAUACGGAGGUCGUGUCACAGACGACUAUGACAAGAGGCUACUGAACACGUACGCUCGUGUCUGGUUUAGUGAGGGAAUGUUUGCCGACUCAUUCCAGUUCUACAUAGGAUACAAGAUUCCAAAGUGUAAGAAUCUGACUGAAUACGUCGCCUAUAUAGAAGAUCUACCAUUGUCUGACACUCCUGAAUGCUUUGGUCUGCACUCCAAUGCUGAUAUCACGUAUUCCACGAACACAUCUAACAGUAUGUUAGAGACAAUAAUGAACAUUCAGCCGAAAGACUCCGGUGGUGGAGGUGGUGAGACUCGUGAAAGCAUUGUAUACAAACUUGCUGACGACAUGUUGGACAAAUUACCACCUGAUUAUGUUCCUCAUGAGGUUAAAGAAAGGCUACGUAAGAUGGGACAUCUUCAGCCCAUUAAUAUCUUCCUUAGACAGGAGAUUGACAGAAUGCAGCGUGUCAUCACACGUGUACGUAACGAUCUCACAGAUCUUAAGCUCGCAAUUGAUGGUACAAUCAUCAUGAGUGAGAACCUACGUGACGCCCUUGACAACAUGUUUGAUGCUCGUGUCCCAACAUCGUGGAAGAAGAUUUCAUGGGAGUCUUCUACCCUUGGUUUCUGGUUCACUGACCUGCUAGAUCGUAACGCUCAGUUCCAUUCAUGGUUAUUUGAGGGACGUCCAACAACGUUCUGGAUGACUGGAUUCUUUAACCCAACUGGUUUCCUGACUGCUAUGAGACAAGAGAUCACACGUGCUCACAAAGGCUGGGCUCUUGACUCUGUCAUCUUAGAUAAUGAAGUUACGAGAAUGAUGAAGGAAGAUGUACAUAGUCCACCAGGAGAAGGUGUGUAUAUCUAUGGUCUGUACUUGGACGGUGCAGGAUGGGACAGGCGUAAUGCCAAACUGAUAGAACCAACACCUAAGGUACUCUUCACAUUGAUCCCUGUUGUGCACGUGUUUGCUGUCAACGUUGAGAAGGCCAAGACAGGAUAUGAUUGCCCUGUAUACAAGAAACCAAGACGUACUGAUCUGACCUAUAUCUUCCCGUUACAACUGAAGACCAAUAAAAACCCAGAUCACUGGACAUUACGUGGUGUUGCCUUGCUCUGUGAUACCAAAUAGAUUAAAUAUGACUUUAUUACAAGUAUAAAAUACAGCUUACUAUUGACAAUAUAUAUCAGAGUUAUAACUUUAUUUUCAUGUAUAUGACAGUGAUAUGUCCAGAGAUGAUAAUGUUAUAUGUGAACAUUUUAUUUUGUAUUGAGAAUUCAUAAGAAAAUACCCAUCUUUAGAAGAAGAAAAAAGUAUUAGUACAUGUACUUUAAAAAGUGCAACAAUAUUGUUAACCAUUUAAAAAAGCACCUGUUAUAAUGUAAUUGAGAUUCUAUUUUAAAUUAUGUAUAAGUGCUUAGAAAUUUAAUAUAUAUAAUAUAUAUGUUUAAAUCUACAAGACUGUGAUUAUUUUGUAGUUAGGAUAUGAUAAUAUUUGUUUGUACAGAAUGAUAAUUUUUACUUUGACUGUUUUUGACGUGAUAAUUUAUAAUGCUAAGAGGUUGUCAACUGAAUAUUUGAAAUGAUUUGCACCUUCAGUAAGCCUAAGAGAAUGAUUUUUACUGUAUGUAUUAAUUAUUAUCAGCAGUCCAUCCAUUGCUUUAAUAAAACAAUCUGAGAUAUACAUAGUGAUGAUGUAAAAUCAACAUUUUUGACGUUCAUGUUUUACUUUAAUUUGUUAUUUUCUGUUUUUAUAUGUUUUCUGUGUAAUUUACAAAGAUUGUGAUAUAUAUUUAACAAAUUAAAAUCUUGUUUACAAACAUUCUGAGUGAAAAAUAAAAUUUAAUUUUGAAUUGACAUGUACAUAGUAUAUCUGCAGUUCAAGCAUGCAUUUAACUUUUCUUGCUGUUAACUUUUGUGUGAUAUGUUUUUGGUAUUUAUAUAUACCUGUAUAUUUUCAAAGAUGUCUGUGCCUGAUAUACUUUGGUAUAAUUAGUAUACAAAAAAGAUUUGUAACAUUCUGAAAAGCUAUUGGCUGACUUUAUUUUUUCUAUUUAACUAUACAGGCACUUUCAUUUAUUUGUUUACUUUAUGUGAAAAGUGAUAUUUUUCUGUCCGUCCAUUUUACAGAUAAAUUAAUGUUGUAUGUUUUUCUAAUGACAUUUACUCUAUAUAAAAAGGUUUGCUGUGCAUUCAAAAAAAAUGAAAAUAAUUAAAUAUAGCUUAAACAUCUAUUUUUAAAUAAAUGAUGAAAAAGUUCAAAUUCAUUUGACAAUAUUUAAAAUGACUAAUAAUUAAAGUAUAUUGUUUAACUGGUUGAAUAAAAAAUUGAAAUCUU